AUGAGCGAUAACGAACCUUCCAACAAAGCAUCCACACCUAGCCAUCAAGACAGUUCAAACACCACCAGCGAUCCGAACGAGCAAACGCAUACCCAACAAACCAGCACUACCCCAGUAGUCGUCCUCGGAUCAACUCACACGCCAGAGCCAGCAUCACCAGCCACCAGCGAGCCUCAAGACCCUAGCCAGCCCACGAGCAUCCCCAGCUCUCAGCCAGAGCCGCCUACAGCCCGCAACCCAACUCUUCUCCAGCCACCGACCGAAGGGCCUUUCGCCUCCGCGCCAUCAUCAGCCACAGCCUCAAGCUCGACUACCACUUCGACCGGCGCCAGCACCCCCACAUCGACAUCAGGAGCCAACCCCGUAACUCAGGAAACGCAAACCUUAAACCCAGCAAGCAUGUCUUCUUCCAGCUCUUCAUCUCCCGGAAACACCGGCACCUCAGGCCCGACGGGCAGCACCACGCAGUCCGGCGGCAAUCCCGCAUAUCACCUCCCGUACGCCCCAUUCCCCUUCCGCAUGCCCGACGGCACAACCGUCAGAGGCAGCGGCGGGAGCUCCAGCGGUGGCGGAAAGGGCAAGUAGCGAAGACAAGG